GAAAUUGCUCUUUGAUCACGUUGACGAAGAUUAGUUCGUUUAUCGAUGGCGGCAAUCCUCGUCAGUAACACGCAAGCAUUCAUAAAAUUGCAGGUGAAAAGCAAUAAAAGAUCACAAAACAAUAAUUCAGGGCCCAAUUUGUUCUCGUUCUCGCAGAUCAACGUGCUGAUUUCUGGUAUCUCAAUUUUCAACUGCUUGGAGAUUCACAGUCUUCAGCAGAGAGCAGCUCAACUCUCUCGUCAAUGGCGUUCGUUGGGUUUAUUGGUUUGGAUGAUCUGAGCUUCGAAUUGGCUACUCCACUAAUCCGUGGCGGUUACAGAGUCAAAGCUUAUGAGAUAAAUCAGGCCUUGACAGAUAAAUUUUUGAAGUUAGGGGGAAUAAGCUGUGCCAGUACUGUAGAGGCAGGGGAAGAUGUUGCAGCAUUGCUUGUAUUGAACAGUCAUUUCAAUCUGAUAAAUGAUUUAUCUUUUUCUGAUGCUAUCCCAGGGUUGCAUAAGGAUGUUGUUGUUGUUCUUGUCCGUUCAACUCUACUGGAGAAGGAUGUCCACAACUCGAAAAAGCUUUUUACAGUUAAUUUUGAGAUACCUAAUCUUGUUGAAGCAUAUGUCUUUAAGGGUGUUUCUGAAGCUCUGGACGGUCAACUCAUGAUGAUAACUUCGGGUAGGGCAGCUGCAAUUUCUAGAGCUCGACCCUUUCUAUCAGCUAUGUGUGGAAAGCUUUUCAUUUUUGAAGGUGAAGUUGAUGCUGGAAGUAAAACAAAUAUGGUAAUUGAGCUCCUUAAAGGAAUUCAUUUUGUGGCUUCGCUGGAAGCUAUUUCCCUGGGUAUUAAAGCUGGAAUUCACCCCUGGAUAAUCUACGACAUUAUUUCAAAUGCUGCUGGGAAUUCAUGGUUUUUCAAGAAUCAUGUUCCCCACUUGUUAAAGGGCAAUAUUAGACCUGAGUUUUUGAGAAAUUUGGUUCAAAAUUUGGGGAUUGUCAUGGAUAAGGCCAAGUCGCAUACUUUUCCUCUUCCGCUCCUGGCAAGUGCUCAUCAGCAACUUAUGCUUGGUUCUUCUCACGGCGAUAGUGAUGAUGACGGCUUGUUAGAACAGGUAUGGAAAGGCGCAUAUGGAGUAAAUAUUUCAGACGCGGCAAAUACAGAAAUAUACAGCCCUGAGCAACUAGCAAAUGAAAUAGUUUCGAAAUCAAGCUCUGUUGUUCGAGUGGGUUUCAUUGGUCUUGGUGCAAUGGGAUUUGGCAUGGCAACUCACCUUAUCAGAUCAAAUUUUUGUGUGAUUGGUUAUGAUGUGUUUAAACCAACCUUGACUAAAUUCUCUGAUGCUGGUGGUUUGAUUGGAAUCUCGCCUGCAGAAGCUAGUAAAGAUGUUGAAGUGCUUGUUAUUAUGGUGACAAAUGAAGCACAAGUGGAGAGCGUUCUGUAUGGAGAAGCUGGGGCUAUCUCUGCACUUCCAUAUGGAGCGUCGAUUAUUCUGUCAUCUACAGUUUCUCCUGGAUAUGUGAGCCAACUAGAACAACGCUUGGGAAAUGAGGACAAGAAUUUUAAAUUGGUUGAUGCUCCUGUUUCUGGUGGUGUUCAGAGGGCCUCACAGGGAACCCUUACGAUAAUGGCUUCUGGGACAAAUGAAGCUCUUAGGAGCGCUGGUUCAGUCCUCUCAGCCUUGAGUGAGAAGCUUUACGUUAUUAAAGGAGUUUGCGGGGCGGGAAGCGGCGUGAAAAUGGUAAAUCAAUUGCUUGCUGGAGUUCAUAUAGCAUCGGGUGCAGAGGCAAUGGCAUUUGGAGCUCGACUUGGUCUCAAUACUAGAAUUUUAUUUGACGUCAUCCUAAAUAGUCAGGGAACAUCCUGGAUGUUUGAAAACCGAGUUCCACAUAUGCUGGAUGAUGAUUAUACACCAUACUCCGCACUUGACAUCUUUGUGAAGGACCUGGGCAUUGUUUCUCGGGAAUGUGCAUCUCAUAAAGUUCCUUUACACUUAUCCGUGGCUGCACAUCAAUUGUUUCUGGCAGGAUCUGCUGCGGGCUGGGGUCGUCAAGAUGAUGCUGGAGUAGUGAAGGUUUAUGAGACGCUUACAGGUGUCAAGGUUAAAGGAAAACCUCCCACUCUUAAGAAAGAAGCUUUGUUGGGGUCUCUUCCUCCUGAAUGGCCGCAAGAUGUAAUUGCUGAUAUUCAACAACUAAAUGAAAAAAAUUCAAAAAUUUUGGUUGUGCUGGAUGAUGAUCCAACGGGAACUCAAACUGUUCAUGAUAUUGAUGUUUUAACUGAAUGGACCCUCAAUUCACUUAUUGAACAGUUUCGUAAAAAACCCAAAUGCUUUUUUAUCUUGACCAACUCAAGGUCACUGAGUUCUGAAAAGGCUGGGGCAUUAGUUGAACAAAUCUGCAUUAAUUUACGUGCUGCAUCCGAGUGUGUCAAGCAUAGCGACUACACGGUAGUUUUGAGAGGUGACUCAACCUUACGAGGUCAUUUUCCCGAGGUAUAUAGAGUGGCUUAAGUGGUAUCUCAGUUGUUACCUGGCAAUGUUGAGUCAGAACUNAAAGCCAAUGGAAGUGUCUCUUUGUGAACUCCCUCGACUAUGGGGCUUUCAUAUUUUUGUGUACAAUUCACUUUUUCAACGAAAGGUGUAUUCCGUGCUAUUUUUUCAUUACGUAUGACAUAAUAUUAUAACCUGUGUUAUGUUGUUUUGCUAAAACAGGGAAUGACAUGCAUAGUUAAUGCCGCUAGUGAAAAGGAUAUGGCCGUUUUUGCUGCUGGAAUGAUCAAGGCAGAAAUAAAGGGCAAGAGUUUCUUGUGUCGAACUGCUGCCAGUUUCGUAUCAGCCAGGAUUGGGAUCACUCCAAUAGCUCCUCUUUUGCCAAAGGAUGUUGGAAUUGAGAAAGAGAGAAAGGGUGGUCUUAUAGUUGUGGGUUCAUAUGUUCCAAAAACUACAAAACAGGUUCAAGAGCUGAAGUUGCGAUGUAGCCCAUUUUUAAGAUGUAUCGAGGUUUCUGCUGCCAAACUUUCGAUGAGUUCAGAGGAAGAGAGGGAGGAGGAAAUCAGAAAAGCAGCUAUAUUUGCAGAUAUUUAUCUCAGGGCUCACAAAGAUACUCUAAUUGUGACUAGUCGAGAACUUAUCACGGGAAAAAGUCCCUUGGAGAGUUUAGAAAUCAAUGUCAAAGUAAGUGCAGCACUAGUGGAAAUAGUUCAGCGGAUAAAUACAAAACCUCGCUACAUCCUUGCAAAGGGUGGAAUUACCUCAUCAGAUAUUGCUACGAAGGCUCUUGGAGCAAAAUGUGCUAAGAUAAUUGGACAAGCCCUUUCUGGAGUUCCCUUGUGGCAACUAGGCCAUGAAAGUAGACAUCCUGGAGUUCCAUACAUUGUUUUUCCAGGUAAUGUUGGCAACAGUGAAGCACUAGCAGAAGUAGUCAGUUCUUGGGCCCUUCCUGCCAGACUUUCCUCUUCAAAAGAGAUUCUUCUUAAUGCAGAACGAGGUGGUUAUGCAGUGGGAGCGUUCAAUGUCUAUAAUUUGGAAGGAGUUCAGGCUGUUGUUGCUGCUGCUGAAGAACAACAGAGUCCUGCCAUAUUACAGAUCCAUCCAGGUGCCUUAAAGCAAGGAGGGCUCUCUUUGGUUUCGUGCUGUAUUGCUGCUGCUGAACGAGCCAGUGUACCAAUCUCUGUUCACUUUGAUCACGGAAAUUCGAUGGAAGAUCUGUUAGAAGCGAUUGAAUUGGGAUUUGAUUCAGUAAUGGCAGAUGGUUCACAUCUUCCAUUUAAGGAAAAUAUUGCCUACACAAAGUUCAUUUCUUCCUUGGCUCAAUCAAAAGACAUGCUAGUGGAAGCUGAACUUGGUAGAUUAUCAGGAACAGAAGAUGACUUGACUGUCGAAGAUUAUGAAGCAAGGCUGACCGAUGUAUCCCAGGCUCAACAGUUUAUUGAGGAGACUGGUAUAGAUGCUCUAGCAGUGUGUAUCGGUAAUGUCCAUGGAAAAUAUCCAGCAAGUGGCCCGAAUCUCAGACUCGAUCUGCUCAAGGAUUUGCAUGCUCUGAGCUCAAGAAAAGGGGUCUUCCUGGUGCUGCACGGAGCUUCCGGUUUGCCUGAGAACCUCAUAAAGGCUUGCAUCGAGAACGGAGUGAGAAAGUUCAACGUAAACACCGAGGUUCGGAAGGCAUACUUGGAUUCACUGAAUAGCCCCAGCAAAGAUUUAGUCCAUGUGAUGGAAUCAGCCAAAGAAUCCAUGAAAGCUGUGAUUGCAGAGAAGAUUCAUCUAUUUGGUUCAGCAGGAAAAGCAUUAUGAGUUGCAUAAUCUUCGGAGGACCCUCAUUCUUCUCAUCCAUAGCAGCUUUGUGGGUAACCUUGCUUCCUUUGUUCCUCUUCGUUUUCCAUACCCAGAAUGUCGUCCUCUUGAUUUUGCUUCGUGGCUUUGUCGAGAUCGAAACUUCGAGUGGAUUGUUGUCAUCCUCUUGAUGAUCAAACCAUCCUUUAUGAGCUUUCUGAUGCUCAUUCCUGACAGUUACAUGUGUUUUCUAGUUAAAAUGUUUUUCUUUUGCAUCUUUGAUAAAUUGUUAAUAAUCAGGUACAAAAUUCUUUCCUGAAACAAAAGAAUUCAUUGUUCACUCUUUUGUUAAAUCUGUAUAUGUCAUGUUCGCCAAACCUUUUCUUUUCU